AUGUCAGUUUAUAAGGGGAUUGGUAAUCAAGUUAGGAUAAAAAAUCUGAAAAAACAAGAGUAUAUCCAAGAAACGCCUUCUAAAAGAAAAUUUAUAUUUGAGACGAAUGACUUUAAUGAUGAGAUUGAAUCAUGUCCAUCUAUUCCAUCUAAUAUAGACUGUGGAUUUAGACCAAAAUUUGGUAAACUACAAUUAGUAAAUGGGAAAAUAAUUGAAGAACUUCCUCAACAAGAACAAUCAAGUACAUUCUCAAUAAAUUCACCAAAAAGUUAUUUGAACUUUUUAAGCCAAGAAAAUAAAUCUUCUUAUUCAUUACCUUCAGACUUUGAAAGUGAUGACCAAAAUGAUGGACCUGGUACAACAGUACUAAUUCAACCUGGGGAUAAUGAUUUAACUCCAGUGAAAUCAACAGAUUUUCCUCAUAUUUCAAAUGACAUCACAGAUAAAGAAAAAAUAACUACUAUUAAAGAACAAAACAGUGAAAACAAAAGGGUUCUUAAUAUUUCUACAUUAGAAGGAAAACAGAAUAGCAUUAACUUAAACCAAAACAUUUUAGAAAAAACAAAUGUAACUGGUGAAAUUAAACUUCUCUCAUCGUCUAAGUUGAAAGACCUUUCUUUAAUAAGUGAAGAUGAUUUACCAGUAAUUGAGAAAAAACAAUUUAAUUUUAUUGUACCUCAACAACACUCUCCUAAAACAACAACACUAACCUUUGAUUACCAAAAUUUUGAAGAAAAUUGA